CGUCUGGUAACAGCGUACACGUUGUAGUGCCGCACAAUUAAGAUCUUUGUAUUUAAUAAAUAUAAAUAUUAUGUCUAGUUUUGUACAAUUCAUUCAGGAAAACUUACUUAUUGGAAUUUUGUCAGUAAUAUGGCUACUUUUCUCGUGGAAAUUUUAUUUGUGCCUUCGUCAACGGGCUUUGAUGAUGCGUUUGGUCGAUUUACCAUCCUCUGUGAAAGUUAUAAUGACAAAGGAUAUUUAUGAUAAAGCACGCAACUAUGAUUUAGAUAGAUUGAACUUCAACAAUUUUAAGGACAUUUAUUCUAAAGUUUUCACUAUGGUUAUUCUACUAACUUCAUGUUUUCAUCGUUUCUGGUAUUGGAGCAUUGAUUUAACAAAGUACUUUAAUCUCAACCCUGAGAACGAAAUUCUUGUGGGUGCUAUUUGUAUAUUCAUUAUAAAUGCUAUUUAUGAUAUAACCGAUCUACCACUGAAGAUCUAUGAUACAUUUGUUGUGGAACAAAAACAUGGAUUCAAUAAAGAGACACCAUUGUUUUUUGUCAAAGACCAACUUCUUAAAUUUGUUGUUGCACAAGUGACUACAGUACCUCUUCUUUGUGCUAUGAUAUGGAUUAUAAAGAAUGGAGGAGAUUACUUCUUCCUUUAUCUUUGGAUUUUUGUAAUCUUUGUUACUAUUAUCAUGAUGAUCUUGUAUCCAGAAUUCAUUGCACCUCUGUUUGAUAAAUAUACACCACUCCCAGACGGGGAAUUGAAAACAAAAAUUGAGGCACUAGCAGCAUCUUUCAAUUUUCCACUUUAUAAACUAUUUAUUGUUGAAGGAUCAAAACGGUCUUCACACAGUAAUGCAUACUUAUACGGGUUUCAUAAAUAUAAGAGAAUUGUCCUUUUUGACACUCUGGUGAAAGAGUACUAUAAACCAGCAGAAGGUGAAACAGAAUUGAAAGGAUGUGAAACGGAUGAAGUAUUGGCAGUAUUGACACAUGAAUUAGGACAUUGGAAAUAUUAUCAUACACUGAAAGGAUUUGUACUUGUUCAGGUCAGCUUUCUGAUAAAUAUCCUUUUAUUUGCAAAGCUUCUUGAUUGUAAGCCUAUAUAUGAAGCCUUUGGCUUUUAUGACUCACAACCUACAUUAAUAGGACUCAUUAUUAUUACCACGUAUAUUUUAAUACCUGUAAAUACGAUAAUAAAGUUUAUAUCGGUAUUACAAGGAAGAAAAUUUGAAUUUGAAGCAGAUAAAUUUGCUAGAAUUCAGGGACACGGAAAAUCAUUAAAAACAGCAUUGAUUAAAUUACAAAAAGAUAAUCUUUGUUACCCUCUUUAUGACAAACUAUAUUCUGGUUGGCAUCACACCCACCCUCCACUACUUGAAAGACUCGAAGCUAUCGAUAAAGAUGAUUAAUUAUAUAAUAUUUUUUAAAUUAUACUUGUUUAUUUUGUCAUACGAAUAAUUACUAACGAUCAAUGGG